ACAUUUUUAUUUUUUAUUCGGACACUAGAACAAGAUGGCUGACGGCCAAUCUAGUUUACUAGUUAGUGAAAAGAGCCAUUUCGGACACAGCCCCGGCUUUGGCCGCUCGGUUGUGAAUAAUAAUACUGAAAAAAAGCGCUGCUCCGCCCCGGACGUAAAAACACUUUCACCGGAGAGUUCACGCUCCCCCGAGCGCGCGCAGGCCAGAGGCGAGGCGAGGCGAGUCAAAGAUGGCGGCGAGGAAAGCGGCAUGAUACCGAAGCGAGAGAUUACACACGAAUGCAUCUUUGGGGAGUUCAGCGCUGAUGAGUUCCUUCAGUUCUUCGUGACUCCCCGCUGCUAUGUUGAGCUUCCCCCGUUCAAUGAGAGAGCCUCGUCCCUCAGCCAGUCCUCAGGAAGUUACUGUCCCCCUCCCGUGCCUUACGCUACGGACACAGUGCGCCUGCAGGUUUGUGGGGAAGACUACCAGCACAUCCGGUUCGGUGUGGACGACGUGAUGUCGGUGGAUGGCGUGGUGAAGGACGGCCUGAAGGUGUGCAGCACCCUGAACCCCCAGGCCCCCGAGUUCAUCCUGGGGGGCCCGGGCUCCCAGCGGCCCCCCACAGCCCCCGCUGCGGCUCCACUGAGCCCCCCCCCCGCGGACGCCGGCCGCCUCGGCCCAGACCUGGCCGGAGCUCCAGGGAGCCUGGGCCAACGCGAGCGCAAGAAGAAGAAGAAACGCCCGCCCGGCUACUACAACUACCUGGAGGACCAGGGCCCGGGGGGGCACUACCUGGAGGACCAGGGCCCGGGGGGCCACUACCUGGAGGACGAGGGCGUGGAGGGGCCGGGGGGCCCGGGGCUGGUGAACGGACAUGCGCUGGGGGUCACAGAGCUGGCCCCCGAGGACACGGCGGGGGAUGUGGGCGUGGCCGAGCGGGGCAGCCCCGCCCCGGGGGCGUCGGCCGCGGGCGUGAGGACGUGUGAGAGCGCUGACGAGUCGUCUCUGGACUUCAGCAGCGGCCCCGGCUCUUCCUCGGACAGCAACAACAUGGCCUCCUCCUCCUCUUCCUCGUCCUCUCACAGCGGCGGCGGGGCCGAGGGGGAGGCCAGGACUGCGGAGCCGCCGCCCCCUCCCGCCGAGAGCCCCCAAUCGGCGGGCAGCGGGAGGCAAAGCCCCGCCCCUGGCCCCGCCUCCCCUCCUGCCGCCUCCAGUUCCUCCUCCGCUCCUGCGGGGGGCGACGGCGAGGAGCGCUGCGUGUCCAACGGGCCGGUGGAACCUGACGCCGUUUCCCUGGACGACGGACAGAAGGACUCCUCUGUGAUUGGGGGAGCCGAGGCCCCGCCCAUGGCGACGGAGGCCCGGUCGCCGCCCCCUCCCGCCGUUCCCACGGCGACAGUGCCCAAGUCCUGGGCCAGCCUCUUUCACAACUCUAAGCCCGUCCCUGGGGGCCCGCCGGCCUACGUGGAGGUUAUAAACGCCCCCCCCACGGUGACCCCGGCCCCUGCCCCCGCUCAGACCCCUGAGGGGACGCCCCAGGGCCCGGGGGGUCCUGUCCCGGUGUCGGAGGACUCCAUGGCCCCCAAACUCGCAGAACUGAUUGAAAAUGUGAAGUUGAUACACAAGCCAGUGUCUCUGCAGCCCCGAGGACUGAUCAACAAGGGGAACUGGUGCUACAUCAACGCUACCCUGCAGGCUCUGAUUGCCUGCCCCCCCAUGUACCACCUGAUGAAGUCCUUUCCUGCACUGAACAGCACACAGCGCCCCGGCUCCUCCACACCCAUGCUGGAUGGCUUCGUUCGGCUUGUGAACGAGUUCAGCAACAUGCCCCUGCCACCAAAGCCCAAGCAGCAAGGUGCCGGGGAGAAAGCAGUGAAAGAUAUUCGACCGGGUGUUCCCUUCGAACCGGACUAUAUUUACAGACUUCUCACUGUCACCAAGUCGGGUCUCUCAGAGAAGGGCCGACAGGAGGAUGCGGAGGAGUACCUGGGCUGCGUUCUCAACGGCCUGCAGGAGGAGAUGCUGGCCCUGAAAAGGCUGCUAUCUCCGCUGGAAGAGAAGGCGGUGACGCUGAACGGUCCGGGGGCCCAGCAGGACCCCCCGGGGGAGGAGGAGGGGCAGGACAGCGAGGACGAGUGGGAGCAAGUCGGCCCCCGAAACAAGACGUCCAUCACACGACAGGCCGACUUCGUCAGGACGCCCAUUUCUGACAUAUUCGGAGGUCAUAUCAGGUCGGUGGUGUACCAGCAGAGCUCCAGGGAGUCGGCCACGCUGCAGCCCUUCUUCACGCUGCAGCUGGACAUCCAGGCCGAGAGGGUGCGCUCCCUGCAGGAGGCGCUGGAGGCGCUGGUGGCCCGGGAGUCUGUCCAGGGCUACACCUCCAAGACCAAGCAGGAGGUGGAGGUGGGCCGGCGCGUGACCCUGGAGCGCCUCCCUCCCGUGCUCGUGCUCCAUCUCAAACGCUUCGUGUUCGAGAAGACCGGCGGCUGCCAGAAGCUCGUCAAGAACAUCGAUUACCCCAUCGACCUGGAGAUCAGCAAAGAUCUCCUAUCGCCCGGCGUCCGGAGCAGAACCUUCAGAGGCCAGAGAAACUACCGCCUCUUUGCAGUGGUGUAUCACCAUGGGAACAGUGCGACCGGCGGCCAUUACAGCACGGACGUCUUCCACAUCGUGAGUGGCUGGCUGCGCAUCGAUGACCAGGCGGUGCGGGUUAUCGGGCAGUACCAGGUGGUGAAGCCGGCCGCCGAACGCAGCGCCUACCUGCUGUACUACCGCCGCGUGGAGCUGAUGUAGCGCCUCUGCGGGGACCUGACGUAGCACCAGCGCUCCUGCACCUCCUGGCCCACCAACACUGCCCCUGCACCUCCUGGCCCAGCAACACUGCUCCUGCACCUCCUGGCCCACCAACACUGCCCUGCUCCUGCACCUCCUGGCCCACAAACACUGCCCUGCCCCUGCACCUCCUGGCCCACAAACACUGCCCUACUCCAGCACCUCCUGGCCCACAAACACUGCCCCUGCACCUCCUGGCCCACCAACACUGCUCCUGCACCUCCUGGCCCACCAACACUGCUCCUGCUCCUGCACCUCCUGGACCACAAACACUGCCCCUGCACCUCCUGGCCCACAAACACUGCCCUGCCCCUGCACCUCCUGGCCCACAAACACUGCCCCUGCACCUCCUGGCCCACAAACACUGCGCUGCUCCUGCUUCUCACAUGUGAGCUGUUCCCUCCUGCUUUCCCAACACCCCCCUGAUCCUUUUAUCCUCCUGGAAGAUGCGGGAACGUUGUGAAAGUCCGUCUGCGGGCCGCUGCCCAGUGCUUGUGUCUGCAGCGCGGAUGUGUUUUUAACCGCAGAGGAAAAUAAAAAAAAUUUGGACGGGGAGACUGGGAGCACCUGAGACUAAUUCUGCGCCUCCUCUCCCACCCUGACUGGGAACAUGUACUGGCCUGAGACCCAUCAGCUGAGGCUGCAGUCAUGGGACUACUGGAAUGUUUUUUUUUUCUUUUUGGUUCAUUUUUUUCUUUUUUUAAAGAAAGGGCAGGAAGAAUCCACAGCGUUUUAGCCAAGGGGGGGAGGGUUUACUGGACUCAUCUCCAGCAGUUUGUUCCCUCUCACACCAGUGAGUGAGUUGAGUUGAGUGAGUUGAGUGAGUUGAGUGAGUUGAGUGAGUUGAGUGAGUUGAGUGAGGUGAGUGAGGUGAGUGAGGUGAGUGAGUGAGUGAGUGAGUGAGUGAGUGAGUGAGUGAGUGAGUGAGUGAGUGAGUGAGUGAGUGAGUGAGUGAGUGAGUGAGUGAGUGAGUGAGUGAGUGAGUGAGUGAGUGAGUGAGUGAGUGAGUGAGUGAGUGAGUGAGUGAGUGAGUGAGUGAGUGAGUCACUCUCCUCCUCACCCAGCCUUCCUCAUGUUUUUAAAAACAGGAGACCCUUCUGACAUCAUCAGUACAAACCGCCAAUGAGAGGAGCUGCUGUGACUCAACAAACCCCUCCCCUUUCUUUUUCUUUUUUUUUUUGUGAGAACUUCUGUGUGAUUUCUGGGUGUAGAAUUAGAAAAGAGAAUCUAAACUGUUUUAAUGCGCUUUAGGGUAAGGAAAAGGCUUAACGUGCACGUAAAAUGUAAAUGAAUAAAAUAAGGCACUGCUUGUGCGGAUGCACAUUUUUGCAGUUCGAUAUGUUUAAAAAAAAAACAAAAACAAACAAACACAAAACCCUGUGUGACAGUGACUAUCCCAGCCGUGGAGCUGUGGGCAUGAGCUGGAGGGAAACCAAUGAACACGGAGAUGCACCUCUAAACGUCUGCCUUUCUUUUUCCAUCCCUCUUCUUUCCCCAUCCCAUCCUGUCUCGGGACACAAUCUUCCACUUCCAUCACUCUGCCUGCCACUGCUGUUUAUAUCCCCGUCUUUGACUACUGCUAAAGAAGGCCUCCGUCGCGCUGCCGACUGCCCUUUCGCCCGCGUUCUGGGCCGUGAAGUCGAUCGUCAAGACCAGAGCGGCCGCGGUCUGCAGAAUGUUAGAGCCCAGCUAACGGACAGUGUUCUCGCCACGUUCUCACCGCGUUGUCACAGCGUUCUCGCCACGUUGUCACAGCGUUCUCGCCACGUUGUCACAGCGUUCUCGCCACGUUGCGUGGUGGCAGUAUUCGAGCGCGGAGGACAUUUUGUGUUCGCUGGGCUGGUGCUUCCUCUGGAUGGACCCGCCUGGCCUGGGGGAGACUCCAUUUUGAGAGACGCUUCACUGACUCCCUGUGAUGAACACACACACACACACACACACACACACACACUUCUGCCGUUGAUUUCCAAGAUUCCGCUUCGUUAUCACCAUUUAUUAUAUUUAUUUGAAUUUUGAGUUCAAGGAAAAUAUUGUUUUCUAAAUUAUUCUUGCAUUAGAAUUUCCCCAGUUGUUUACCUCAAUUGGUUUGGUUUAAAAUUACCCAUGCUAAAGCACAAAUAAAAUUGUACAAGUA